CGGACUCAAUGAAUGUCAUCAAAAAUAAUAGCCCUGGGGUUUAUACCUAAUAUAUCUAAAUAGAAUUAUUGUGGAAAUUACAGAAUUAAUUUGUGCAAAAGUCGUGUGCAGUGUAAUUAAAACAAUGUCCUACGGCAUAGUUUGCCGCUGCUGCCUUGUGCGGACUCCCGAUAAGGAUUUAAAAACCCAAUACACUAUAUUGGGCAAAUCGGAAAUUUACGCGGAUAUGUUAAAAGAAUGCUUCGAAAUUCAGGUCCAACUCAAUCCGGAAGAUGAGAACUGUGGUAUAUGUGAGGUCUGCAUCACAAGGCUGCGAGAUGCCAGCGACUUCAAGCUCCAAGUACAGGAGUGCCAGAAGGAGAUACUGGCUAAAUACAAUGCUCUUACUGUUAAAGAUGAAACAAGUCCUAAAGUGAAAGAGGAAUUACUAGACUUGGAUGAUGAGAACGGGAUAUAUUUUCUAGAAUUAAAAGAAGAAAUGUCAGAUGAUUUCGAUGACUUCAAAGAUGCGGAUGACAACAAGAAGCUAGUAGAGAUGCUGGGGUUCAACGAUGUCACUAUUAAGAAGAGAUCCGACAAGAGAAGGAGUAAGAAGAGAUUGCUUCUUGAUAGCUCUAGAGAUGAAAUGAAAACAAAGGCCCGUGCGAUGAAGCUCUCACUCCGCGCGUUUCAGCAGGAAGUGGUGAUGAAGAUGAAGGUGUCCUCCGCGCAGAUCGUCACGGACAGCACCAAGCAUAGAACGAACAUCGACACACUACUCAAAUACUCCAACUGCACCCCGUUUGCUAACAAAACUAUUGCAGGAAUCCUCUGCGCCUACUGCAAGACAACAUACAGAGACCUACCGCACUUACGGACACACAUACACGAGGAACAUAAACAUGACAACUUAAUUGAAACCAAACGAAUGGACAAGAACAAUAUGUCCAUUAAAAUGGACAUUACAGACUUAAAAUGUAACAUUUGUCAGACAAACAUGGACACAAUAAGCAAUUUGAAGAAACAUCUGACUAAGGAUCACGACAUCAACUUCUAUCAAGAAGUUAAAGAUUAUAUACUUGAAUUCAAACUAUCAGACGGGGAUAUUCUCAACUGCGCUUUAUGUAACUCUACAUAUGAGACGUUUAAAAUGCUACUUCAACAUAUGAAUGGGCACUACAGGAACUAUAUAUGUGAAAUAUGUGAUUUAGGGUUUAUAAACAAGCAUAAGUUGAGAAAUCAUCAGCGUACACAUGAAAUUGGGACAUUUAAUUGCAGUUUUUGUGAGAAAGUUUUCAGCACUAAAGUCAGAAAGCUUUGCCAUGAGAAAUAUACUCAUAAUGCUAGUGCUAGGUACACUACCAACUGUCCACAUUGCAAUCAGCAGUUUACUAGUUAUUAUAGGAGAAACAGACAUAUGGCAGAUGAACAUAACAUAUCGGCAGCUACAUAUAAAUGCAAUAUAUGCGAGAAAUCGUUCAUUUUAAAAUCUAAAUUAACGUCUCAUAUUAAAAAAGUGCAUUUGAUGGAACGCAACCACAUUUGCUCGGAAUGCGGCCAAGGGUUCUUUAUAAAACAGUCGUUAGAUGAACAUAUGAUCAAACAUAAUGGGGAAAGGGUCUUCAAAUGCUUAGUUUGCACGAAAGCGUACGCUCGAAAAAAGACCUUAAGAGAACAUAUGAGGAUUCAUAAUAAUGAUAGAAGGUUCAAAUGUGGUAUUUGUAAUUUGGCCUUCGUACAAAAGUGUAGUUUGAAAAGCCAUAUGCUAUCAAACCAUGGGAUUACUUUAGCUGUGUAUGAGAGUAAUAAGAAUGAUGCUUUAAGUCCUUAGCUUAGCUUAUUUUAAGCUAGAAACUUUGUGUUAACGUUUUUUGGCUCAUCAGA